CCAUAACUUGUAAAUGUUUAUUUCUUAGUGGCGGUGGUGAAAUGUUAAAAAUAAUAAUUUGACCAACUUUCUAGUUCCAGAUAGGAAUUUGAAUUAAAGUAAUGUUACUAUUACCAAAAUAAUUUCUCCUUAUUCCUGAGUUUUAAAUGUCUUCUCUAGGAGAUGAAAAAUCACGCGGAAGAUGAACCUAAAGAUAAACCUCAAAAUGCAUCGUUUUUAGAUUUGGAAAGAAAUGUGCCAAAAUGGUUCAAGGAUUUAUCAGGCAACGUGCGCAAGAACCGACCGGGCUCGUGGAAGCUGUCGCUGGAGUCGACCCCGGACGGCGGCAGUCUGCACAGCGGCACCCGAGCUGAGGCGUCGCCCACCAGCGAGAUGCAGACCCUCAUGGCCAGCCUGCUCGUGGACGACCUCGGCCUGCACGAGGCCUCGAUGACGGCACGGCGGGGCUCCGUGCAGCACGGGCGACGCUCCGUGCUGGCAGGCACGAGGUCCGCGGGCAGCAGUCCGCGCAGGCCACAGCUCAGCGCGCAGGUGAAGGGGGCAGUGCACAACCAGGCGCUCGAGGAGUCCUGGAGUUCGCUCAGCUUCUUCGACAAGAAGCACAAGGGGAGACUCACCAAGACGCUGGACGAAUAUAAACCUUCAAUCCUGGAGACACAAAGUGUACACCCGUCAGAAACAAAGACACCACCAGAAGCUAGCAUGGUCACUGCCGUGCUUGAUGACAAGGCUGAUGAUGCUGACUUCAUCAUUCCGGAGCUGCCUUUGGGCAGGCUCCUGGUGCUUAACAUCAAGUCGACGUGGGGCGAUCGCCACUACCUGGGCUUGAACGGCAUCGAAGUGUUUAGCAGCACGGGCGAGCCCGCUCCCAUCUCCACGAUAUGCGCUGACCCAGCGGACAUAAAUGUGCUGCCAGAGUACAGCAAAGACCCGCGCGUGGUCGGGAACCUCCUGGAUGGAGUCAACAGAACUCACGAUGACAUGCACUUGUGGUUGGCGCCGUUCACUCCUGGGGCGGACCACGUCAUUACCAUCACAUUCCAGCACACCAUCAGCGUGGCGAUGAUACGAAUAUGGAACUACAACAAGUCUCGCAUCCACUCGUACCGCGGAGCUCGUGACGUGGAGGUGCGGCUGGACGGCGUGCUGGUGUUCAGAGGGGAGAUCAGUCGAGCCUGCGGCGGGAUCCUGGGAGGAACACAAGCAUUCGGCGACACCAUUUUAUUUACCACGGAUGAAACUAUUUUGGAAAUGAUUUCACACUUUGAUGAUUCUUUUAGUGGCCUUAUGAAUGAAGAGAAGCUUAGCAUGACUGCAGUGAUGGAAGAUAGGCCAAUUACAGCUCACAGCAAUGAUGAGCGUCCUUUCACAUGUGCGAGAAAUGCGAGCUUAAAUGGUUCACCAGCCUCAGACACAUGUGAUAUCUUUGUAAGCGGACAGAAGAUUCAAUUCACUCUUCUGGCAAACUGGGGGCAUCCCUCUUUGAUAGGUCUCACGGGUCUGGAGCUGGUGGGGGAUGCUGGCUGUGCUGUGCCCAUAGAGCCUCACUACCUCCACUGCUCCGAGCGGUCCUCGGACAUCUACAGGCUGGUGGACGGAGAGAACGUGACGACAGAUGAGAGACACAUGUGGUGCACGCACUUCUCUGGAGGAGAUGUGGUGCUGACAAUAGCCUUCCCGCUGCCGGUGUUUGUGUCCUCUCUCAGGCUGUGGAACUACAACGCUUCCCCGGAGCUCAGCUACUGUGGGGCGAAGCUGGUGUCCGUCCAGAUAGACGGCCGGCAGGUGUGGGAGGGCCCGAGCGUGUUCACCGCGAGGCGGGCGCCUGGCAACUGCCACUUCAACUUCGUCCAGGACGUGAGCCUGGCCCGGGGGGUAGGUGUCGACAAGCCGCCCGCCGCCUUGCCCUCGCCGCCGGUCGAGCUCCUGGUCGAUGAGGAGGGCUACGAGCCCCCGGACAUGCCCCGGGGCUUCGUCUUCCAGCUGCUGAUUCUGUCCACCUGGGGCGACUCCUACUACGUCGGCCUCAACGGACUGGAGAUGUUCGAUGACGACGGGGACAGAAUAGCUCUGAGCGAGAGCAACAUUGGAGCAUUUCCAGACAGCGUUAACAUUUUGGAAGGUGUCAACAAUGAUGUCCGUACGCCUGAAAAACUCAUAGAUGGUGUUAAUGAGACAUUUGACGGACGACACAUGUGGUUAGCACCAAUUUUGCCGAACCAGCUCAACAGGGUGUAUAUAGUUUUUGAUUAUCCAGUGACAGUUUCUAUGAUUAAACUGUGGAACUAUUCAAAAACUCCAACGAGAGGUGUCAAAGAGUUUGAGAUCCUAGUUGAUGAUCUGUUGGUGUACAAUGGUGUCCUGGAUAAAGUGUCGAGACCAUUUGGUGAGCCCGGGAACAAAGUGUCGUACAGGACAGUUCUUUUCACAAGGGACAUAAACCUCUUGAGGCAGGAACGAAACACUCAAGUCAGACACAGCAGCUACGGCCAUGCAGUGCGUCUGCUGAACAACCAGCAGCGAGUAACUUCGGGUGGAUUGAGCGCAUCGGCCGAUCAGUCUCUGCGACCGUUGACCUCGCUCGUCCCGCCCAACCGCAGCAAGAGCAUGCACGACAUGUGACGGCCGUGCCGUGCACGCUGGGAACUGCAGCUGGAUUCAUGUGGGGCUUCCUCGCCCUGCCAGCCUUGUGUGCUGUGAGUGCUGGGUUCAGCACCGUACAUCUGUGAUGACAACCUAUAACACUUGGACAAUCAGUGACGCAUUGUGAUGUGUUCCCAGAGAACUGCUUGCAGUUCUGGUUAGUUCUACUUGCCAUGCGAGAGGAUUAAUAUUCAAAUAUCUUCUUAAAGAAAGAUAUCAACUUCCUUCAAGCAAUACACAUUAAGCUGCUGCCUUGAAUUGAUUAAAAAAAAAAAUGAGCCACAUCCUGCAGUAAAGAUGUACGUAUUGUUAAAUUUUAUGGCUCGUUAAAUCACAAUUCAUAGUUUUGGACAGUUGAAGUUGACCUUAGUGGCGUUGUGUUCCUGUUAUGUCAACUGAAGUGGUUGCAUGAAAUAAUGAGUGACUUUCUCCGGAUAGUUACAUGUUAGAGCUUACGUUCUUUAAAUGAUUUUUGUGUUGGAUAAUUUUGAUUUAAUGCAAUUUUUUGGACAAAUACCAUUUCAGUUUUUUGCAUUCUUUGCCAUGGAAAAACUUCCAUGGCAAACAAUGCAAUACUACAAUGGUGUAUGUCCAAAGAAUUAUGUCAAAUCAUGAUAGAGCCUGUUUGUUUUUACUAGAUGAUAAUAGUGUGAAAAACCUUACAAUAUUAUAUAUUAUUUACUAUGAUUUAAAAUAAUUUCUUUCACAUACACCAUUGCUGAUACAAGCUAGUUGCAAAAACCCUCAGGAAUAAACAAAUAAUAUCAGCUGAUGUCAAAUUUUAUAUUUUUGAAAACUCAGAAAAUUCAUUGGAUGGAAUUUAGUCAGAAAAUAUGACAGCACAGACAAACUCAGUAGGCCGACGUCAGUUGCAACAAGAACAGUAAAUACAAAAAAAAACUUUGUACAACACUGUAACAUACAGGUGUAUCCAUGUAUGAAACUAAAAAGAUAUCUGGCUGAACACUGUAGGCUUUGACUAAACAGUUGCGACGUUCAGGAACUCACGUCUGCUCCCAUUAUGAGUUUUGUUUUUGUGACAACAGGUGUAAGCCAGCUAUGGUGUGUGUCCAAGAUAUUAAAUUAAAUAUAUCCUUGCCGUUGCAAAAAAAAUUCAAAAUAAUAACCUUCACAAACGAUAACUAAAUCUAAAAUGGUGCAUUAUGUUUCCUUUAAUUUUUAUUUGCUUAUAAAAGGUUCUUUUUUCCUACUAAAUGAGUCCCCAUUCAAUGGUGUUUUAGAACUUAAAGAAAAAUCUGUAUGUCAGCCCUAGCAUUGUGUGAAAACAUUAAAUCAUGUGCUAAACAGUUCUGGAUUAACUGUUCAUAAAUAACCUUCAUCUUAAAACUGUUUAUUUUUAGUAUAUCAUUCAUUCACUAAAUAAAUAAAUAUUUUUU